AUGGUAUUCUUUGUAUCAUCUCAAGGUUCAAACACUCCAUCAUUUAAUGAUCAUGUAUUGUUAUGGCCAGCAUUAACAUUAGGUAAUAUAGGACAACUUUGUAUAGACUUGAUUAUCAAUACAUAUGGAUUUGAGCGAGUAGGAUAUAUAUACGAUGAAAAUAUUAUACCUGUUGUUGGCAAUGACACCUAUACCACCAACAAAGGUGUCAUGUCGACUGCCGUCGAAGUAUAUCAACUAGCAUCAACAAAAAUAACCAUCGUACAACAAAGAUCACCAAUUAUUGCAGGUCGUUACACUAAAUUCUCAAACAAUCUUUAUAAAUGGUUCAAUGAUUCUCAAUUCUCUCAACUCUUAUUCAUAUCAAGUACAAAUGCAAACAAAAGAAUUGAUUCUCAAUUGUCUGGAAAUCAAUUAAGAUAUGUUAUAUCACAAAGUAUAAAUAAUGAAUCACUUGGCAAGUUAAAAUCAUUGUCAAUUCCAGAGAUGGAGACACAAGGACAAAUUGUGAUCGAUGGACAAGUGCAACUUUUAAGUGAUCGUCUCACUGGUCUCGCAAGAGACAUGAAAGAUUUGGUGAGUGACAAGUUCUUGGCACUUGUAUUGUUUUGUUCAGAGGGUGAUAAUACUGCCGAUGCUAUCAAUGUCGCUCGAUUCGUUUCUCAAUACAUUGGUCUUCCAUCAAAGGAUCAAUUUGAAAUCCCAUCCUCAUGGAAUCUUAUGCAAGGUCCUGCUGUAGAUCAAUCAUUAUUCUUUUAA